CAGCAGUAGAAGAAGAAGUUCAGUAGAGUUCGGUUGUUGUGGUGUCAGUUCAGUUAGUCAUCUGCUGACUGAUAGACAGCGACGAUGGACCCGCUGGACGCGGUUCUGGAUGAGGUGGCUCUGGAAGGUUUGGACGGGAUCAGCAUUCAGACGCUCUGGUUGAGGCUUCGCACCCGCCAGCCCGAGUUCGGGUUGAGUCUGGAUCCGCUCAGUCAGCAGUUCAUCUGGAGCUGCUUGAUCCGAAGCGAGGAGAUCCGCUUCUACCUGCUGCCGGAGAGCCGGAGAACCGUCACCCUACACGACCGGUUUGUGGAGGUGGACCGCAACACGGGCAUCCACGAGAUGCGCCAGGUCGAGGCGCAGGACGCGUACCCGGUGUGUGUGCUGACGGAAGACCCGCGCGGCCUGCAGGGCUCCUGUGUGUUCUUCAACGAGCGGGUCGACGUGUGUGAGCAGAUCCGCGCGCCGCUGACGCUGGAGGAGGUGCAGACGCGCUGGGGCGAGCGGCUGGUGAUGGUGGCGUCUGCUGAGCUCCGCUACCGUGCGCUGAUCGGACCCGAGGGAAACCCGGAGCUCAAGCUGCCGGAUCUGUGCUACUGUAUCCUGGAGAGACUGGGCCGAGCGCGCUGGCAGGGGGAGCUGCAGAGAGACCUGCACACUCGCAUCUUCAGGAUGGACGCAGGUAAGAUGCACUAUCUGAGGAGGACUCUGGACAGGAACGGGCUGAUCACACUUCAGUCACACGUCGCUCGCCUGCCGUCAGGAGCUCAACAACACUCCCUGCUGCUGCUGCUCAGACGCUUCCACGUGGACCGGAGGAGCAAGUAUGAUAUCCUGAUGGAGUCGACGUCCAACAUCCUCUCUGAUCUGCCGAAUAAGACCGGCGUGAUGAUGAAGAUCCGAGAGCAGCUGCGUGUGUGCGAGCGCACCUUCAAGCGUGCGUAUCAGUACAUGACCGCCGCUAAGAUGGUGACGCUGGUGAAGAUCCCUCUGAAGGAGCUCGACCCCACCGGAGGCCCCUUCAAAACCCUGCGAGGCACUGACGUGUUCGUGCGCUGUCUGAAGCUGCUGAAGCCGUACGGGCAGAAGGAGGAGGAGGAGGACGACGACGAGAACAACGAUGAAGAGGGAGAAGCGUCCGCCAAGAGGAACGUCCUCGCGGAGCCUCGCUACAUCGAGCGCGACGUGCUCACUCAAGCCUACGACAUCGUGGUGUCGACCGGGACCAGGGGAAUCUCUCAGUCGGUCCUCAGAGCGAGACUCAACGUCGGGAAACUAGAGGGACGAAUGAUCUGUCGACUGCUGGAGCGAAUCCAAAUGAUCAAGGGCUUCAUGGAGGACGAGGGGCGGCAGAGAACCACCAAGUACAUCAGCAAACUCUUCGUGGAGCAGAGCAAACUCAGCCUGCAGUUCACGAAGGAGCAGCAGCGUAGCCGACACCUGCGCGUCACACACCUGACCGAACCCGAGCCCGAGCUGGACCCAGAACCCGAGCCGGAGCCCGAACCCGAGCCGGAUCCCCCCGCAGGUGUCCCUGAGGAGGGAGCAAAGGACACAAAGCUCAAACAGGCCAAACUCAGCUUCAGCAAGAAGGCCACGCCCCUUAAAAAGAAGCCGUCUGCGCGAGGGGGCGGGGCUAAAGCCUCUCAGACGACUGCAGAUGGACAGAACACAGAGGAAGCUGGCCACGCCCCCAGCACAAGAGCCAGCCAAUCACAGCACGUAGAGGAACCGGUGCCGGAGAUCGUGGAGGUGCUGACGGAGAAGGCGAAGAAGGUGGAGAUUCACGAGACGUAUCGGCUGCUGAAACGCAAGAACAUGAUCAUCGAGGCCGUCCGCUGCAGCAAGAUCAUCGAGGGCUUCUACUCGCUGCAGAAGCUGCUGACGGAGGAGGAGAAGAAGGAUGGCGUGAGCACUAAAGUGUGUAAGAAGAGUGUGGUGAGGCUGAUCCGCUCGCUGUCUCGAGAGCGUUUACUCAAACUCUUCAGUACCAUCGUCAUACAGGACGGAGUGCAGAAGAAGGUUGAGUUCGUGGUUCAUCCCUCUGUUUCGCCUGACGAUCCGCUGCUCAAGAGUGCGAUAGAGCAGAUCCGCAUGCGCAUGUCCAGCUCGGCCUCUGCAGCUCGCGCUGUGUCUCAGGCAGAGAAAGUGAAGGCCAGCCCACAGGAGAAGAAGGAGAACAAAGCGUCACACACACGCCCGUCACACACCAGCGGCCUGAGGAAGGUGUCCGAGAAGAUGGGCGUCACAACACUCAAAUCCUUCAGACCUGUGCUCGUUCCAGGGCUCGGGCGCUCCAUGGGGUUCCAGCCCAAGAUGCAUCGUCUGCGGAUCGUCCACUCCUUCCUGUGGUUCCUGAUCUACGGCCAUCCAAUGAGAAGAUCCAGUCCUGCCGACCCGCUUCCUGACCCGGAGCCUGACCCCGACACUGAGGGGUACAGAGUGUUCGUGAAGGAGAACACCUGGAAGAGGUUCAUCCCCCCCAUCCCGCUGCAUAAAGACUUCGGGUUGGGAUGGGCCCUCAUCAGUGAUGUUCUGGUGUCGCUGCCACUCAGCGUGUUCAUGCAGGUCGUGCAGGUCAACUAUCAGAUUGCAGGUUUGGAGGAGUACCUGAACGAUCCGGUGAAGAAACAUUAUCUGAUCAGAUUCCUCCCCGCGGAUAUAAAGAGACAACUGCUGCACAGGAGGAAGUACAUCUUCAGUUUCCACGAGAAUCUCCAGAGGUUGUGUUUCAUGGGUUUGCUGCAGUUCGGGCCCACAGAGAAGUUCAUGGAUAAAGAUCAGGUGUUUGUGUUCCUGAAGACGAAGGCUAAAAUCGUGGACACGACGGUGUGCGACCCGCACUAUAACAUGGCCAUCGAGACGAUGCGUGCAUUUGAGCGGAGACACUACGUGUUCAGGAGCGCUCAGGACGUGGAGAACUACUGGUUCGACCUGCUGUGUGUGUGUCUCAACACACCUCUAGGAGUAGUCCGGCCGCGCCCCGGCGACAGUAACGCAGAGGGGGCGGAGUCUGAGGUCGCCAUGACAAUGGAGCGCAACACCAGGCUGCUGUACACUCUACAGGGAAGUUGUGAUGUGGUGGAUGACGGGGUAACCCCCGGCGACGGGCAGGGCGCUGGCGGACUGGACUCCUGCUUUUUCAGCCACCUGAAACGCAACUGGUCAUGGACAAGUCACUUGAUCAACCAAAACAAACAGAGCACUGAAGAUUCAGGAACACAUCACACCGUCAGACUGAGGAACCUGCUGUCCAAACACCCUCCGCCCAAACCGGCUACGCUCACUGGGGCAAAGGUGGCGCCCCCUGUUGUCCUGGAGGAGGAGGUGCGUCUGACCUCGCAGCCGGCCAGCAGAAACCAGGAGGUGUGUGGAGGACGAAACCUCAAACGCAAGAGACCCAAGACAGACAGCAUCAAACCGCCACGCAAGAAGAAGAGAGUGCGAGCGUCCAGGCAGAGUCAGGCCCAGGACGAGACGGACCAGCGUGCUCUUCUACAGAUGACCAGGCAGAGAGUGGCGUGGACACACAUGGAGGACAGUCUCCUGAUGCUGUGCCGUGUCGCCAGCCACUUCCUCAACCGCAAGCUGAAGAGGCCGUUCGUGCCCUGGACAGUGGUUCGUGACGUGCUGCAUGCUGAGUUUGAGUUAUCUCUGGAUAAAACCUCUCUGUCCGUCAGCCGACGCUCACGCUACAUCAUGAAGAACCCGCAGACCUGCCUGAACUACAGGAUUUGUCUGGCUGAGAUGUAUCAGGAUAAAGAGCUGAUGGCCAAAUUCCUCAACCGAACGGACGACUACGACGAUGCCAAGGUGUGUGCUGAGGAGUAUAAGGAGUUUGUACGCGCUCUGAGGUUAAAGUUCAGCUCCAGCUACGGCUCCAGUGAUGUCAUCAUACCCGACACGCGAGACGAGCUCUUUCACAAGUUUAAGGUGUACACAAUUGACGAAUCACUUGAGCGCACUAUAGACAUCUUGAAGAGGAAGGAGGACAUUGAUGUUCUGGUGCUGUUUAAUUUAAUUCAGAGUACGCUAGUGCUCACCAACGCUCAGAUGAAGAACUACAGACCCUUCCAGACGUUCUGUCUGUACACGCUCUACAGCGAGCAGGUUUUGUCCCAGGCCUUCCAGACGUGUCGUAGCCGAGCGCUCGUGAACCGGCGGCGGCCCAUCACCAAAGCACACCUGAAGAAGUGCGGCUCGCUGCCCUUCCUGCCCAUGUCCUACCAGCUGUCCCAGCACUACUACAGGUUCUUCACGUGGCGUUUCCCGAGCGUGGUCUUCAACGAGGGGUUCGAUCUGAUGACGGGUUUAUACGAGGGCGACCGCAGCGACAGACCCAGCCGCUUCCACUUCCAGACCGACCCCGAGGACCCCGGGGUCGAGGAGCAGGACGCUCACACGCAGGGCAUGCUGCAGUUCCCCAUGGACGCUCCAGGGGGCGCCAGCGCCUGCUGCCUCACCCUCAUGACCCUGGGCCUGCUGACCCUUGACCUCAGUAUCCCGCAGCAGAUCGUGGUGGUGGACAGUUCUCUGGUGGACAACGAGGUGGUCAAGAGCUUCACGAAAGCGCUGGAGGAGGACGAGGAGGAGGACGAGAGGAAGAGGAGGCCGGAGGUCAAGCCCACACAGGCGUCUCACACCAACUACCUGCUGAUGAGGGGAUAUUACGCUCCCGGGAUCCUGCACUCGCAGAAAACACACUCCUCCAACAGCACCGACAACAUCAUGGUCAACGCCUGCAGCGUCCACCUGCAGCUGAGACACACACCCCUACACACACUCUUCACUGCAGACGCUGACGGCGUCUCGGCUCUGUGUCCGUCCACUCCUCCGCCUCUCCCGCCGUGGUUCACGCGUGUGUAUCGCUCGGCAGCCGUCGAUCCGCAGAUCUUCCUGGACCGGUGUGUGAGCGCGCUGGGAUACGGGCCGCAGGACGUGCAGACGGUGGCGGAGAUCAGAGGCGCUGUGGGGGAGGGGGCGGAGUUUGGCAUUGACAGACAGGACCUCCUUGAGCGCUUCAUACACCUGGAGCAACCUGAGAAGGGGCGGAGCCGAACUCUCCUGCAGUACAUACAGGAUCUGGUGGACGGAGAGCAGCUGGUGGAGGGGGGCGCUCUCUCUCAAAGGCUGGUGUGUGCAGAGGCUUCGUCUCAUUGGCUGUUGAAGAGCGUGUGUGAGGGUGAGCAGAUGCAGCAGAAGAGAGGCCCCGCCCAUGACUCCGCCCACACCACACCCCCACCUUCCAAGAGACGGGCCAAGGAGUCUGAUUUCCAGGAAACUGUUGCCAUGGAAGGGGCCUCCACAAGCACAGCUGUCAAUCAAACGGUUGCCAUGGAUCCUGUCUCCACAACUACAGCUGUCAAUCAGAGCGUUGCCAUGGAACCUGUCUCCACAACUACAGCUGUCAAUCAGACGGUUGCCAUGGACCCUGUCUCCACGGAUCAGUCUGUAACCACGGAGACUGAUGCUGAGCCGAUGGAUGCUGUGGAGGAGGCGGCGGUCCGUACGACAGAUGUAAAAGGGGUGGGGCUUAAUAAAGACCUCGCCCCCUCUCAGAUCAGAGAUGGUGCUGAAGGAGCUGCUGAUCCGGAUGAGCACUGGGAGUCGGUGCGGUUCGUCAGCCGGCCGUGGCGUGUGGUGGACGGCUCGCUGAACCGGCCGGUGUGUAAGGGCAUGCUGGAGUCGCUGCUGCUGCACGUGAUGUCGAGCCCGGCGCUGCGUGAGUCCGCUCUGCUACAGCACUACAGUCAGGUGUUGCAGCCCGUGGUCAUCCUGGACCUGCUGCAGGUGCUGAUCGAUCUCGGCUGCGUGAGGAAGCGCUUCACCAUCCAGCCGCCCAAACCCUCGCUCUUCUCGAAGCCCGGGGUGCCGCAGGUCAAAGGUCAGGCCGAGGUCAGCCUGAGGGAUGCUGGGACGGCGUUCUACGAGCCCACAGUGGACUGUGUUCUGAGGCUGGCGCGAGUCUUUCCUCACGAGCUCAACUGGAACAAAUGGGUCCAGCUGUGUCUCCGCGCCUGAGCGCCGCUGCCGCUGCUUCUGUUCGCUUGUUGAUUGUGUUUGUGUUUUAAUAUGACCUGCUUCUGUUCCACAAAUAAAGACCUUUUUCCAGAACA